AUGGCAGCAAACACACUCACACUCUUCUGUCUCAUCAGCGGCAACUCCACGUCAUGCGCCUUCCCUCUCCAUCUGUCUGCUGGCGACACAAUCGGUGCACUCAAGAAAGCGAUCAUCGGAAAGAACCCAGGCGCCUUUGAGGACAUCGACGCCAAGGACUUGGUGUUCUGGCGAGCCACGAUCCCCGCCAACGAGAAUGCAGGAGACGAGCGCGUCAUCAAGCUUGAUGACUUGGACGACAAGACAAAGCUUGAUAACCCAAGGACAUGCCUCGCCAAGCUCUUCCCAGAGACCCCUGACGACAACACAUACAUCGUUGUCGAGCGACCCAAAGCCACAAGCACGCCACACACGCUCGAGUUGAAAGCGAAGAUGGAGGAGCUGCUGAUGGAGAUCGAGGACCUGCGUAGGGCCAAGGGCACCUUCACACUCAACGUUGUCGUGCGACCCAACCGCACCGAGAGCUUUCCAUGGACGACAGACACCGACACGGCAACCAUCAGCAAGCUUGAGAAAGCCAUCUACGCCGUGUAUCCGGACAAGGAGGAUGACGAGGCUGUGCUGGCGGUUAUCCAUCCACGCGGGAUCUCUGAAGGCACCGAAUACCCCAGUGACGAUGCACACUUUCGCGACAUCAUCCAGCUGUACCGGAGGACCAACAUCAAGACGUUCACGGUAGCUCUGGAGACGCCGACCAAGAAGUACACAGACUUCACACUCAAGGAGGUCAACAGCCUGUACGGGAUCUCGAACAUGGAAACACCAACCAUGUCUGACUUACCACCCUUCACUGGCAUCUCGACAGAGCCACUCCACUCCAAAGAGCACAAGGAGUCGCUACGGAGACUGCUUGAUGAGCUCGACUCCAGGAUACGGGCGAUCCCUUCAGAUACCUUCGCCAACGAAGCCACAUGCUCUGCCUAUGUGUGCUCGUUCCUCACGCAAGCCGUCCUGAUCUUCAAUGGCGAGCUGACACUCGCACCUGGGAGACCGCUUCGAGGCAGACACGGGCAUGGCAAGGUCGACUAUGCUAUCGAGGCUCUUGCCAAGGAUGGUUCGAGACAUGUACUGGGCGUCACAGAGGUCAAGCAUGAGGAGUAUCGCAAGGGGUUGGCGCAGAACCUAGUGCAGCUGGAGUCGUCGUUGACGGCGAGGAAGCGCAAGCGCAGCUGUGAUGACAACGGAGAUGAAGAGCGAGAGGAGGACAGCUCCGUUCCCAUGAGAGCAUAUGGCAUCGUCACCGACGCCACCUUCUGGUUCUUUGUGGAGUGCACUAUCGAUCCGUCGCAAGACUCUGGAGACUGCCCCAAGUUCAGGAUCUCGAGGCUGGAUGAAAUUGUUAACUACAAAAAGAGUACCUGGAGAGAAGAGGCCGCGUCUAUACUAGGCCAGAUCGUGUGGCUCAUGAGAAAGAUGCACUCUGAUAUCCCAGGACGCGAGCUCCAGCUCAAAAAGCAGAAGUUUACCACGUCUGGGCAGUCGUCUCCACCAACAGGCAACAUCCUCUCGGAGGCAGUGAUGGAUAACCAUGAUGGUAGCGACAGCGAUAAUGAUGGCAGUGACGAUGGCAGUAACGAUGAGGACGUUGAGGUCCAUGGUACGGAUCUUCGGGAUGAUGAUAUCGAGGAUGAUGGUCAAGUGUACAUUGACUAUCCAUGGCGCAAGUUUGAAAGCCUAGCUUAG